AUGGUGGUGCUCGGGCGGCCCAAGAGCAAGCGCGGCGCGGGCGGGGAUCUGCUGGGCGACGCCGGCGCGGUUUGGGAGGUAGGUUUCCGCGUGGGCGAGGAGGGCGAGGCCUCGGUCUUGGUCAUGGAUGUGGUCGAGGUGGACGUGCCCGCUGUAACCACUGUACCGUUGCUGGAAUAUUCCCAGUCGGGCGAAUUUGGAAUGGUAAGGCGCCGGUGCAGUGGUGCCGAGAUGAAGGUGCGGUCGUUGCAGUCCUGGGCAGCGCUGAUAGCGUUGUACCUGCACUGGGCGGUGGAGCGUGGGGCCACGACCAUGGCCGAUGUGCUACUGGAGAACGACAUGAACUUGGAGGUGGCCAUCGUGAAUCGCCACCAGAUAUUUGUUAAAUAUUCAGAAAGAAAAUUCACAACAGCAAUACUGAUGCCAAUCAUCUCAAUAAGAGCCAAUGUAAUUGGAAACUUAUAUUCAAAUUUGGACUCACUUCGAUCUGUUAUUGAAGGUUCCAUGGCAAAUGGUGGUAAAGGGGUGGAAGUUGCAUUUGUGUCGCUGCAACCUUUGGCUGAAUCUAAAAGGUUGCUCAUUAUAUUCAGAGAUGGUGUCAUGACUUUAUGGAAUAUUAAGGCAAGCAAAGUGGUACUCGUAUCCGGUAGAACUACGCAACAACAAUUGCACCGGGAGGAUAAAAAUGCGGCAUCGUCAUGCUGGGCAUGUACCAAGGGAAGCAAAGUUGCUAUUGGAUAUGAAAGUGGUGAUAUCUAUCUUUGGGUUGUUCCUGAUAUUUUCAGUGCAGAAAAUUCCUCAUCUUUGAGUAAUCAAAAUCUACCUAUUCAGAGGCUUAACCUUGGAUACAAGCUAUACAAGGUGCCAAUAGUCUCUUUGAGGUGGGUUCCUGGUGAUGGGAAGUCUGGACAUUUGUAUAUUAAUGGAUUCAGCGAACAAGCGUACCUAUAUCAGGUCCUGAUUCUGAAUGAAGAGAGUGAAUCUCGAAUUGUAAAUAUGGUAUCACCCCUCACAGAAGCUUGUCAAGGAAUGGGGUUUGUUAUAGGCCUUAGCGACCCAAAUAAGCAAAGACAAAGUGCUCUUGUUCUCUUGUUGAAAUCUGGUCAAAUCUGUUUAUACGAUGAUUCAGAAAUUGAGCGCUACCUCCUUCAAUCUCAGUCCAGAUCACCACCAACACUUCCAAGACAUUCAUUUGUGAAACAACGUCCAACCAUAUCGAUCCUUUCACAACGGUAUGGUGAUUCGGGCAUCAACGUUGCAAAGUUCUACACAAGUGAUCGUACAACAAUAACUAAUGAGGAUUAUUUUUCAUCAUUGGCCUCCAAAUAUCCAUGGCUGCUUUCAAUGAAGGAUAAAGGUCAGAUUUCUGCAAGUUUUAGCAACAUCCAUAAGACCAAGAAUCUUUAUAUAACUCGGCAUAUGGAUGGAACCAUAAGCUUUUGGGAUGCGUCAUGUCCUCUUCUGCUCCAGAUUUUUAUGAUAAAGCAGCAGCUAAUCAUUUCACAACAUGAAGACAAUACAUCAAGUGGAGCAUGUAUUACUUCAUUGCAGUUUGAUAUGCCCUCCAGUAUUCUUAUAUCUGGGGAUCAUGGUGGAACGGUCCGCAUAAUCACAUUCCGAAAGGACUCUAGCGGCAAUAUAUUAUCCUUUUGUUUAGGAUUUAUUUAG